AUGGAGGGAGUUGAUCACCUUGCCGAUGAGAGAAACAAGGCGGAGUUCGACGUCGACGAGAUGAAGAUCGUCUGGGCCGGUUCCCGCCACGCUUUUGAGGUUUCCGAUCGAAUUGCCCGCCUCGUCGCCAGCGAUCCGGUGAAUUUUCUCAAUUCUCUCCUUGUAUUCGUUCUUCAUCUGGUCUUCGAGAAAAGCGAUAGAGCUCGGUUGGGUAGGAAGGAGCUGUUUAAGAACACGCUGAAAAAAUGUGCUCAUGCUUGGAAGAGGAUUAUCGAGCUUCGUCUCACUGAGGAAGAAGCAGGAAGAUUGAGAUUCUUUGUCGAUCAGCCCGCAUUUGUGGAUCUGCACUGGGGAAUGUUUGUGCCUGCUAUUAAGGGGCAGGGCACGGAGGAGCAGCAGAAGAAGUGGUUGUCGCUGGCGAGUAAGAUGCAGAUUAUUGGGUGUUAUGCACAGACUGAGCUUGGUCAUGGCUCAAAUGUCCAGGGCCUUGAGACAACCGCCACAUUUGAUCCCAAGACGGAUGAGUUUGUAGUUCACAGUCCAACUCAGACUUCAUCCAAAUGGUGGCCUGGUGGCUUGGGAAAAGUUUCUACCCAUGCUGUUGUUUACGCUCGUCUCAUAACUGACGGCAAAGACUAUGGUGUCCAUGGAUUCAUCGUGCAACUGCGUAGCUUGGAAGAUCAUUCUCCUCUUCCGAAUAUCAUUGUUGGUGAUAUCGGAACGAAGAUGGGAAAUGGAGCAUACAAUUCAAUGGACAACGGUUUUCUUAUGUUUGAUCAAGUUCGCAUUCCGAGAGAUCAAAUGCUCAUGAGGGUGGCGAAAGUUACAAGGGAAGGAAAAUAUGUUCCAUCGGAUGUUCCAAAACAGCUGAUGUAUGGUACUAUGGUGUUUGUGAGACAAACUAUUGUGGCAGAUGCUUCCAAUGCACUGUCUAGGGCAGUUUGCAUAGCUACAAGGUACAGCGCAGUGCGGAGGCAGUUUGGCGCACGGAAUGGUGGCAGUGAGACACAGGUGAUUGAUUACAAAACUCAGCAAAACAGGCUAUUUCCUCUGCUGGCAUCUGCAUAUGCAUUUCGAUUUGUUGGGGAGUGGCUAAAAUGGCUGUACACGGACGUCACUGAGAGACUGCAGGCCAGUGAUUUCGCAACAUUGCCUGAGGCUCAUGCAUGCACUGCAGGGUUGAAGUCACUCACCACCACAGCAACUGCGGAUGGCAUUGAAGAAUGUCGUAAGUUAUGUGGUGGACAUGGAUACUUGUGGUGCAGUGGGCUCCCCGAGCUGUUUGCUGUAUAUGUUCCUGCUUGCACAUACGAAGGAGACAAUGUUGUGCUGCAAUUACAGGUGGCUAGAUUCCUCAUGAAGACAGUUGCCCAGCUGGGAUCUGGAAAGGCUCCUGUUGGCACAACUGCUUAUAUGGCCCGGGCAGAACAUCUUUUACAAUGUCGUUCUGGUGUUCAAAAGGCUGAGGAUUGGUUAAACCCUGCUGCGGUACUGGAAGCUUUUGAAGCAAGGGCUCUGAGAAUGGCUGUUACGUGUGUCAAAAAUCUCAGCAAGUUCGAGAAUCAAGAACAAGGAUUCUCAGAGCUCUUGGCCGAGCUGGUUGAGGCCGCAAUUGCUCAUUGCCAGUUGAUCGUUGUUUCCAAGUUCAUUGCGAAGCUAGAGCAAGACAUAGGAGGCAAAGGAGUGAAGAAGCAGCUGAAUAAUCUGUGUUACAUCUACGCUCUCUAUAUCCUUCACAAACACCUCGGAGAUUUCCUCUCCACUAACUCCAUCACUCCCAAACAAGCCUCUCUCGCCAACGACCAGCUCCGUUCCUUAUACUCUCAGGUCCGUCCUAAUGCGGUUGCGCUUGUGGACGCGUUCAAUUACACUGACCAUUACUUGGGCUCGGUGCUGGGGCGGUACGACGGUAAUGUGUACCCGAAGCUCUUUGAGGAAGCGUGGAAGGAUCCAUUGAACGACUCGGUGGUUCCUGAUGGGUACCAUGAAUACAUUCGACCUCUGAUCAAGCAGCAACUUCGUACCGCAAGGCUCUGA